UAGUAUUUACUGGCGUUGUAGCCGCGGUCACACCGACGUCGCACUCAUUGAAAAAGUCGAAAAUAUUGUGUGGGUUAAAAAACGCAAACGUCGCCGAAACGCGUAGCCCCAAAUGCCCACGCCAAGUGCGGAGUUAAGGAUAAAGUUAGCCCCCCAAAUCGCACGCUUUGAAGAUCGGGGGAAAAUCGGAUAGAUAUAGAAAUUGUGGAUAAGCUAGAUAGGGAAAAUCACCACUACAACUACGCAGAGGGCACAACCAACAACAACAAGAAGGAGAAGAAGAGGAAGCAGAGGCAGCGCAGUCGGCAGCGCAGCGGCAGAGAGAAAAGAUGGCGACGAGAGGCAGUGGAACCCGUGUGCAAUCGCAGCCAAAGAUUUUCCCAUCGCUGCUUUCCAAGCUCCACGGCGCCAUCUCUGAGGCAUGCGUCUCCCAGCGCCUAUCCACCGAUAAGAAAACACUGGAGAAGACAUGGAAGCUGAUGGACAAGGUGGUCAAGCUAUGCCAACAGCCCAAGAUGAACCUGAAGAAUAGUCCACCGUUUAUCUUGGACAUCCUGCCAGACACCUAUCAGCGUUUGAGGUUGAUCUACUCCAAGAACGAGGACCAGAUGCACCUGCUCCACGCCAACGAGCACUUCAAUGUGUUCAUCAACAACCUGAUGCGAAAGUGCAAGCAGGCCAUCAAGCUCUUCAAGGAGGGCAAGGAGAAGAUGUUCGACGAGAACUCCCACUACCGCCGGAAUCUCACCAAGCUCAGCCUGGUCUUCUCGCACAUGCUUAGCGAACUGAAGGCCAUAUUCCCCAACGGGGUCUUCGCCGGGGACCAGUUCCGGAUCACCAAGGCGGAUGCGGCCGACUUCUGGAAGAGCAACUUCGGUAACAGCACAUUGGUACCCUGGAAGAUAUUCCGCCAGGAACUGAACAAAGUACAUCCCAUUAUUUCCGGCCUAGAGGCCAUGGCCCUCAAGACCACCAUCGAUCUGACCUGCAACGACUUUAUUUCCAACUUCGAGUUCGACGUAUUCACACGCCUCUUCCAGCCCUGGGUAACGCUGCUCCGCAACUGGCAAAUCCUGGCCGUCACACAUCCGGGCUAUGUCGCCUUCCUCACGUACGACGAGGUGAAGGCUCGCCUGCAGCGCUACAUCGUCAAGGCGGGCAGCUAUGUCUUCCGGCUCUCCUGCACGCGGUUGGGACAGUGGGCCAUCGGCUAUGUGACCGCGGAGGGGGAGAUUCUGCAGACGAUCCCGCAGAACAAGUCGCUGUGCCAGGCACUGCUCGAUGGCCAUCGAGAGGGCUUCUACUUGUAUCCAGAUGGCCAAGCCUACAAUCCGGAUCUGUCGUCUGCCGUUCAAAGUCCCACCGAGGACCACAUAACCGUAACCCAAGAGCAAUACGAACUUUACUGUGAAAUGGGCAGCACCUUUCAGCUGUGCAAAAUUUGUGCGGAGAACGACAAGGAUAUCCGCAUCGAGCCCUGCGGGCACUUGUUGUGCACGCCCUGCCUAACCUCCUGGCAGGUGGAUUCCGAGGGACAGGGCUGUCCCUUCUGUCGGGCUGAGAUAAAGGGCACCGAACAGAUCGUCGUGGACGCCUUCGAUCCGCGCAAGCAACACAACCGGAACGUCACCAAUGGGCGACAGCAGCAGCAGGAAGAAGACGACACUGAGGACAUAGGCGACUUCAACAUAGCCACCUCCUCGCUGCACGCACUCAGCACAUCCUCUACGGUGGCGGCCGAGAAGCACAGUCCGCACACAUCGCCCCGUUUGGGGCGGCGGAGCACCACGCCCAGCUUGAUGGCCGUGCAGAACGAUCUCUAUGCGGGUGGGACGCCCACCCUCAGCCUGCCCAGCAGCUCCUGCUCCUCCAUUGCCGCCGCCUCCACGUCCUCCUCCUCCUCUUCAGCAUCAGUGGCAACAGUGGCAGCACUAUCAUCAUCAUCAUCAUCCUCCUCCCAGCACCAGCAGCCCCAGCCCUCGGCACCACCUGCUUCAGCGGUCCUUAGCAAUGGAGGCGGCGGUAUCAGCACCAGCCAGAAGAACACCAACCGGAUGAGUGCUCCGCUUAUCGGGUCCUGUGUGGCCAACUCCACCUAUGGCCAGAAGUUGCCCCAGAGCUCCAGCCACAACAACAGCAGCACAACCAGCGACAAUGCCUCCAGCUCGAGUUCAUAUGCCAUCUUGCAGAACAUCCACGAUCCGGGGACACCCGGACCAACAGCGUCAGUGGCGGUGGCUCCCCCACUACCGCCCAGAAAAUCGUCGCCUGGCGUGGAGACGCCCAGCAAGGCCACGGCACCACCACCGCCCAGCAGUAGCAAGAGCAUCGACAACAUCCAGUGCAGCUUGGACAAUGUGCCGCCCCAGACGACGGCGCCGCCGAUUCCACCGCACGUCUCGCCCUGCGUGGACACCUUGGCCGAGGAUCUGAUGCGACAGCAGCGCAUUGCAACGAGUACCACGUCGCCGGUGCUCUCCCUGUUGGAUGAAGACAUCGUGGAGGUGGGCCCGGCGGAAACCAUUAGUGGGGUGAUCGAUACCCGCCCGCUGGAGGCGCGUGGCGUGACCUUGAGCCGACAGGACUCGGCCUCCUCCCAUUACACCCAACUCUGCACCACCAGCAGUGGUGGUGGUGGUGGUGGUGUUGGUUCCGCCGCAGCACUGGCCAACGGAAAGAAAGCCACGCCGGCCAAGCAGAGCCAAACCACAACGACGCCAACAACGGUGGCAGCGGUGGCGGGCAACGGGGCUAAUCCUCCCCAGCAAUCGCAACCGCUGCUCUAUGCGAACGUGACGAUCAAUCAAAAAGACUGCGGCACCGUGCCCUACGAGAACAUUAACCUGGAGUACAUUGCCCGGCUGAUGAACGCGGGCUACUCCAAGGAGAACGCGAUCACGGCCCUGGGGAUUUCGCGCAACAAUAUCGAGAUGGCCGGCGACAUUCUACGCGAGUUUGUCUCCAAGAACAGCGCCUGAAGUGCCACGCCGGCGGAUUGUUAAAUCGGUUGAAAGUGCUUAGCCCAAAAGCCAAACAAUUCAAUCCGCAGUCGAACUUCUCUAACUCGAAUCAAUAUGAAUUUGUAUUUAAUAGAAUAUAUUUAUUUAUUUAAAUAGGUUGUUACAUUUUUGUAAAGUAACCAAAUUAGGAUUUUGUAUUUGGUGGUACUUUUGUUUUGGGGUCAGAUACGUAGUUCGUGUUAUACAAUCACAAAAAAACAACAAAAAUUCCUAACAUUAUUUUAGAGAAUUUAAACUAGUUUUUCAGCUUAUUUAUAAUCCCUUGGCACUUGAAUUUAUAUCGAUUUUUUUAGUAUACAUAUGUAUAUAUAUUAUUUUAUUAAAGAAAUUUUAAACCAGUUUAAAAAGAACACAACUAAGCAAAACCGCUUAUGUACAGCGAGUUUUUUAUUUUGAAUUUAUAAAUGUUCUUUGUUUCAAAUUAGAAUACUAAAUUGUAGUGUCAUUCAAUUUAGUCAGAACUAUGCGAAAAAUUCAGUUAGAGAAGGUCGACUGUAAUCAAGAAUCACACAAAAUUCGCAUUAACCUCUCAAAUCAUGGUAAAUAUUCUUCGAUUUAUGAGCACUAAACUAACACCUCUCCCAUAGUUACGCUAAGAUAGUUGAUUCCAGAAAAAUAAACUCUAAGAAGUCUUCACUUGGCGUAGCCAGCACAAGCAAUUCAAGUUUCCCCGUUUGACAAUUUAUUGAAGACAAACAAAAAGAUAAAUUAAUAAACAAAAAUUUAAGCACCACCCUUAAAUAUCAAAUAUAGCUAUGUACACUUAAAUUAAGACUAUCUAACUUCUUCCUAUUAAGAGCAAACAAAUAUAUAAUAAAUUAUAACUCGUAUAUACGCAGUUCUGAAAGGAAAAACUUGCCCACCCCAAACACACGAAAUUAAAAACGUUCUCUCUCUCUCUCGUAUAGAAUUACAAAUCAAGAGCAAAAAAAAAAAAAAUACAAGGUUAGAUCUGCUCUAUAUAUUGCAUCUCAACUAGGUCGAUGCUUUCUUUCAUUAACAUGCCCAUAAGCCCAUAAGCCCAUCUAUAAGUAGUCCAUCGUUUCAUCCAAAAUAAAACCAACAGAGUAUUUGAAUUGGAUGCCCCAUCGUAGGAGAUCAGAAUCGAACACAGCCAUUAUUGAAAUGCCUUCGGCGGCGAAUGCCUCCAAAAAAACACAGAACUCUGAGUUUCCCCUUAACACCAAAUGCAAGCAAGGAUUAUCCGAGUAAAGGACACAACACCCAACCAGAUCCGAUGCACUAUCAAGUUUACCUCGAUUUUUUAUACAAAGCUUGAACGUUUUUGUAAUAGUACUUGUAAGUUCGAAUCGAAUCAAUUAAUCUCCCAAACCAAGUUAAACGAGAAAAUAAUCAUAAUUCAAUUUGUAUUACGAAUCCCUUUUUACUGGCUUUAUAUAUGAUAAUCGAUCGAUCGGUUUUUAAAUUCGUCAAAAAAUGUUCUAGUCCCACACAAAAAACACCAUUUUUGCCAUAUUCGUAUAUCUUCUAAACCUAAGCGAUAUAUAUUUAUAAAUAGGCGAUAUAUUAAACGUGCGACAACCAAAAAUCGAAUCGAAUCGAAAUCAAUGCAAUAUAUUCACUAAAAGAGAAAUCAUCAAUGCAAGCGUUAAAUCAUAAGUUAUUUGACAUAACCUCAACAAAUACGAGUAUAGAACUACAUAUAUAAACGAAAAACGAAAGGAUCUUGAAAUUUAAGCAGCAUAAGAACAAAUGGCAACUCCCAGCAUAUAGAGAGCCCAACAACCCAAAGGAAAAAGUCAAUAAACUGUCAAGUUUUAAGAAGCUUAAGAGAGUCUAAGGCGAAGCAAAGAUACGAUGAUACCAUACCAUAGUCAUGUCAUGUAACCGAACAAAUCUAAGCAGAUAUAAAUUAUUCUUAUAAA